CUCACUUGGGCUUCUCAACAAUCACAAUGCCAUCAACCGUCAUACCCUCCCCUAUAUUUCACCCUCUAGAGUCCGUAAAAUUAGGCCGGCUCAUCACCAACAUCGACCAGCCUCACGAAAGCUACCAUGAGCCACAAAUCCGACCCCAGCCACCGAUGGUCGCCGAGUUUUCUCUUGAUGUGCAAAAUCGACGAGAGUCCAAAAUGAGCUUUGCGUCUGUUCUGAGCAAGGUCUUGUCUGUUAGAUUUUCCAAGCAGAUCCAGGAAUCGAUCCAAGUUGUCUCCGAUCGGGGAACAAGCUACAGUCUUGAUAAUUCUGAGGCGUGGCUUGACGAAGCUGUAUCCUUGUCUGAAACCAGAACCUGGAUAGAACGAGCUGCCCUCCGUGGAAGAACCAUAUACCUGAUCGUCGGUAUCCAAACCCUAACUAAUCCCUGCAUCCGCUUGGCCGUGGCCAGUGGCAGGCAGAGCGAGGCCGGUCUUGAUAUCUCACAGGCGCUAUCCGCAGCCGCGGAUGGCGCACUAUCUGUCUUUCUACAAGCUGAAGUGGCUACCAAAGGGCAGUUCACUCACCACAACAAUACUGAGCAUUGCGUCAAGGCUCCCGGGGAGCGAGUGUGUGCCAUUCAGUAUCGCAGACUAAAAUAUGGCUGGCUGUCGCACAGGUCGCCAGAGCGCAUGUAUUUAUCCAAGACUCGACAAUGGUCUUGCAUAGAGGGGCAUAUGCGAGAGAUUUCUAGCCAUGGUGACGAAGAAGAGGACGUGGAUGAAGAGGACGUUAUUGUAGUGGACUUUGAUAGUGAUGAACUUCAGGGAAACUGAUUCAUUGAAGCAUACGAAAGUAGGCCGAUCUUUGCCCGCUGAUGAGCUGGUAACAUCUCAUGUAAAUGAUGCAGUCAGGAGCAUAAAAUUAUACGUCUCGGGU